AUGGAGCCUUUCGCAGGACGCAGCCCGCACCGCUCUCGUCCGCCGCUGCUGCUGCUGGCGGAGGGCGAAGAUGAAGACGAGGGGGCGGCGGCGGCGGCGGCGCGGAUGGCCAGCCCUGGCUGGGGGAAAGCGGGCGCCGGCGCCGGCCUCUGGACCGCCGUGUUCGAGUACGAGGCGUGCGGCGAGGACGAGCUUAGCCUGCGCCCGGGCGACGUGGUGCAGGUGCUCUCGCAGGACUCGCAGGUGUCUGGCGACGAAGGCUGGUGGACCGGCCGGAUCGACCAGCACGUCGGCAUCUUCCCCAGCAACUACGUGAGCAGGAGCAGCAGCUGCCGCCGGCGCCUCCGCCACGGGGCCGCUCCGGAGCUCCAGCCUCACUACUCGCAGCCUCCGGCCAUACAGCUGCUGGAGAUUGACUUCUCUGAGCUUGUUCUGGAAGAAGUUAUUGGCAUUGGAGGCUUUGGGAAGGUCUAUCGUGCACUUUGGAUUGGUGAUGAAGUUGCCGUUAAGGCAGCUCGCUAUGAUCCAGAUGAAGACAUCAGUGAAACUAUUGAGAACGUUCGUCAAGAAGCUAAACUCUUUGCAAUGCUCAAACACCCCAACAUCAUUGCUCUUAAAGGAGUAUGUUUAAAGGAGCCUAACCUUUGCUUAGUCAUGGAAUUUGCCCGUGGAGGCUCACUAAAUAGGGUACUGUCUGGUAAAAGAAUCCCACCAGACAUACUGGUGAAUUGGGCUGUCCAGAUUGCUGGAGGCAUGAACUAUUUGCAUGAUGAAGCAGUUGUUCCUAUUAUCCACCGGGAUCUCAAAUCCAGCAACAUAUUGAUACUUGAGAAGAUAGAAAAUGGAGACCUGAGCAACAAGAACUUGAAGAUCACAGAUUUUGGCUUAGCCAGGGAAUGGCAUAAGACAACCAAAAUGAGUGCAGCUGGAACAUAUGCUUGGAUGGCUCCUGAGGUCAUCCGCUCAUCCAUGUUCUCUAAAGGCAGUGAUGUGUGGAGCUAUGGUGUAUUACUUUGGGAAUUGCUAACUGGAGAAGUACCAUUUCGAGGAAUUGAUGGCCUAGCAGUCGCAUAUGGUGUUGCCAUGAAUAAACUUGCCCUUCCUAUUCCUUCAACAUGCCCAGAGCCUUUUGCCAGACUGAUGGAAGAUUGUUGGAAUGCUGACCCUCAUUCAAGACCGUCUUUUGCCAACAUUUUGAACCAGCUUACCAACAUAGAAGAGUCUGGUUUUUUUGAAAUGCCAAAGGAUUCGUUCCAUUCCCUGCAAGAAGACUGGAAACAUGAGAUCCAGGAGAUGUUUGACCAACUCCGGGCCAAAGAAAAGGAGCUGCGAACGUGGGAGGAGGAGUUAACAAGAGCAGCAGUCCAGCAGAAGAACCAUGAGCAGCUGCUAAGGCAGCGAGAGCAGGAGCUUGCAGAGCGGGAGAUUGACAUCCUGGAAAGGGAGCUCAACAUCAUCAUCCACCAGCUGUGCCAGGAUAAGCCCCUUGUGAAAAAACGCAUGGGCAAGUUCAGGAAGAACCGCCUCAGGCUGAAGGAUGGCAAUCGCAUCAGUCUCCCUUUGGAUUUCCAGCACAAAUUUACUGUACAGGCUUCUCCAACCAUGGAUAAAAGGAAGAGUUUGAUCAGUAGCUGCUCCAGCCCUCCUGCCAGUCCUACCAUCAUUCCCAGGCUUAGGGCCAUCCAAUUGACACCCAAUGAAAGUAACAAAACAUACGGACGCAGCUCAGUAUUCCAGAAGGAGGAGGAAGGAGAAGAAGAAAGAAGAGGCCCAAAGAAGAAAGGUCGCACAUGGGGUCCGAGUUCAUUUUGUCAGAAGGAGUUAACAACAGGCGAGGAUGGCCCGAAGGUUCUGGGAGACGGCUAUAAACAGUGGUCAAGUGUUCCAAACCUAGGAAAGGUCCAGAGAACAGCAGCUGCUUUGCCUGGAUUUUCAAGCCUAACAGAGAUGGAGAAUGAAGACAGUGAUUCUUUGAAAAAUGGAGAAAGCAAGUUGCAGCAAUCACCUGGAUCUAACAAAUCAUACCUCUGUAUCCCAUUUCAAAAGAACGAGGACUGGGAUGGCCAGUUCAGUGACGCCAACGAGUCCACCCCUGUGAACUCUGCCACGAGUACCCCUCAGCUUACCCCCACAAACAGCCUCAAACGUGGCAGUUCCAACCACAAACGAUGUGAGCUUGCCUUUCUUGGUUGUGCAGCAGUGCUAGCUGCUUCUGGCCUAGGCUUUGAUCUCUUGGAAGUUGGCAAGUGCCAACUGCUAACCCAGGAUGAACUGGAAGCCCCCAAGGAAGAGAAGAAGAAACGUGACAGUAUCUUUCAGCGAGCUGGGCGUUCCCAUCAGAGUACCAGUCCUCCUUCCAGAACACUCUUAAAGAAAGAGGAGCCCACAUUGUUGCUAGGCAAGCCAUCCAGUUCCCUGACUCUUCUCUCAUUGUCUUCCAUUUCUGAAUGUAACUCAACUCGAUCCCUGCUACGCUCAGACAGCGAAGAGAUUGUAGUAUAUGAAAUGCCUGUCAGUCCUGUGACAGUAAAGGCUCCCUUGCCUGUAGUUAGUAAUCCAUUGGUUAAUAUACGUGUUGAGAAGUUCAAGCAGGAUCCCAACCAGUCCUUGACUCCUACACAUGUGACUCUUUCUUCAGAAGCUCACCAAGGAGGGCACAGACGUACCCCUUCUGAUGGUGCCAUAAAAGUUGCUGGUCUCCUUGCCAAUGGAUAUCCUUCCAGUUAUUCUCCUACAGGAGCAUUGGGAGCAGGUGUGUUAAAAACACCCAGCCCAAGUCAGGGUGCAAAUGAAGUCCCUCGACUGCCAGACCCCAAUCUCAUCUUUCCUCCAACCCCCAGGCGCUAUAAUGCUCAGCAAGACUCUACUCUGGAGAGACCCAAGACCUUGGAAUUUCUGCCUAGGCCUCGCCCUUCCUCGAACAGGCAGCGGCUUGACCCAUGGUGGUCCAUCUCACCCAGUAAUGCAAGGGGUGAAUCCUCUGCUAAUAGCUCUAGUACUGAAACCUCCAGUAACCUGGACUCCUGCUUUGCCAGCAGCAGUAGCACUGUCGAAGAGAGGCCUGCACUGCUUCCGUUUCAUGUCAGACUGCCGGAAGAGGAGCAGACACUAUUGGACAUGGAUGCUGAAGGUCAGAGCCAGGACAGCACCAUUCCACUAUGCAGAACCAAACUCAAAACACACAAACCUACAGCAUAUGAACUCAAACAGGACUUCUGGUCCUAG